GUUCGGAAGGUAAGUUUUUGUCUGGGAACUAUUCUGUUUUUCCACCGUAAAUGUUCCGGUUUGGUGAUACAGUAGUUGCUACCGAGAUUUGUGGAGGCUUCUGUGUUUUAAAAGCAUAAAUUCCCGUUCGAACCAUAUUUGGAUAAGUUGUGUCAGAGAGGUUAAAUGAAGUGUCUACUCCCGGCACGGUACGGUGCUCAGUUUGUGUUCUUGCUUUUGCUUUCAUCCAGUUGCAAGCUAAAGAAGAAAUUUUUGUCCAUAGUUCCCUGCUGCAUACAGUAAGCUACCUGUUUGCUAACCGUGAAUCAAAAACUAUACCGAUUGUGUCACGCUUCACAAUUCAUAAAGAAAAGAUUCGGUUCCUCCCGAUCUCCCGAACCCGCGCCUUGUGUGAAUUGGUUCAUGGAGGAUGUGCGUGUGUGUGUGUGCGCGUGUGUGCUGGUUGACGUUUCUCGAGCUGUCAAUUCACAACAGUAGGGGACGGAUCAUAGCAACAAAAACUUUGUGCUUCCACAUCAGAAGAGCAAAACGGGGCUCACGCACGCACGCACUUUCAUUACAACGCAUUUGUUUGUUAAAACUUCGUUCCCCGUGCCCUCUCGAAAGCAUUGUGGCGUUGGGCUGUGUGAUAGCUUUGAUUUGUAGCGUAAAGUAAUUGUAACAACAUAUCGUAUACGGGUUAACUGCUGCGUAGAGGAUCGUGGUUAAUCUUCCCUUGGCAAUGUGCAAUCAUGAAUGUGCAGGAUGGUAUUAAUGCUGCAUUUUCGGUGCUCGUGUCGGUGCUAAUAGUGAUAGUGUUGGUUUGUUUAGGUUGGUAUCUGGUCUGGAAGUUGUUUCUCUCCCGAUUUAAGCUGGUUCGCGAGCUGCUUGGCAUCGCCCAAUCGAACGAACAUUCGCCAGCUCACACCUUGGGCAAGGAUUACUCAACGGUGGGCAGCAGUGGUGGUAGUACCGGUGGCGGCAACAGCCUCAACAACUUAAACACCGAUAAUAGGACACGUACCCGCAAGGUACGAAGAGAUUAGCCGUACCAUAAUAGCGCCUUGCCUCGCACGCAACCACUACGCAAAAGAUGAACAUCCGUUGCGCAAAGCCUGAAGAUCUGAUGAACAUGCAGCACUGCAAUCUGCUGUGUCUGCCGGAAAACUACCAGAUGAAGUACUACUUCUACCACGGGCUUACGUGGCCCCAGGUCAGCUACGUGGCCGAGGAUGACAAGGGUAACAUCGUUGGGUACGUGCUGGCCAAGAUGGAAGAGCCGGAACCGGGCGAGGAAAGUACACACGGCCACAUUACGUCGCUAGCGGUCAAACGUUCGUACCGCAGGCUGGGCCUGGCACAGAAGCUCAUGAACCAAGCAUCGAAAGCAAUGGUCGAGUGCUUUAACGCGCAGUACGUGUCGCUGCACGUGCGCAAAUCGAACCGGGCCGCACUGAACCUGUACACCAACUCGCUCGGCUUUAAGAUACUGGAAAUCGAACCGAAGUACUAUGCGGACGGCGAGGACGCGUACUCGAUGCGUCGCGAUCUUUCCGAGCUCGUGAACAGUGGACAGCCGGCCAACGAACGGCCACCGCCGAUCGAUGUCAGCGAUUUAGUUGAUCGGGUUGGCGGCACGAACUAUCAGAGGACGGCGGGUGAUUUUGUCGCUCAUGCAGGACACGAUGGACAUUGCUGCUAGCGGAAAACGGAUUGUGUCGCGAAUCGUACGGAUUGGCGGAUUGUGAGGUGGAUAGCUUUGUUUUUUAAGAAGGAAUUAAAUUCAUGACGGAAAAGCGGGGGUUCGGUUUUCCCUUCUUAGCGCGAA